ACAGGGGUCCUCGUGGUGAACGUGACCUGGAGGGGGAAGACGUACGUGGGGACCCUGCUCGACUGCACCAGGCAUGACUGGGCGCCUCCCAGGUUCUGUGAUUCCCCGACAAGCGAUCCGGAGGUGCGCACGCCGAAAGGCCGGGGGAAACGGGGCCGAGCCCCCAACACGCCGGUGAAUGUGGACGGAUCGUCUGCGCCGGAAACGCGUUCGGCGGCGCAGAGCAAACUGCGAAGCGGGAAGGGGCGGCCGCGCGGCGGGGGGACGUCGGGCGGGGCGUUCGCGCCGCCGCCGAGCCCGGCGAAAUCGGAGACGUCGGGCUACAGCGGGAAGCGGAAGGGACGGAGCAGCAACAGUACUGGCAACCACAGCUCUGGCAACCACAGCUCCAGCGACUACGCAAACGACCUCGGCGCCGCCUCCCCCGACUCGAAGAAGCGAAGUCGCUCGAGUUCCCGCAGCACCCCGACCCCCACCGAGGGACCCCCAGGCUCCCCGACCCUCAUCGAAUGCCCCGAGCCCAACUGCGGCAAGAAGUACAAACACAUCAACGGCCUC